AAGGCUGUGCGGGCUGGAGCUGCCUAUCCCACACCUGCGCACUCGGACCAAGAUGGCGGCGGCGGCUCUCCUGGGCUUGGGAGCUGCGGCGGCUGCCGCGGGGCUGCGGAGGCGAUUCUGUCAUAUGAUGAAUCCAUAUACCAUUAAGAAACAGCCUCUGCAUCAGUUUGUCCAGAGACCACUUUUCCCACUCCCUGCAACCUUAUGUAACACAGUGAGAUACAUGUUUAUUCAAACACAAGAUACCCCAAAUCCCAACAGUUUAAAGUUUAUUCCAGGAAAACCAGUUCUUGAGACAAGGACCAUGGAUUUUCCCACACCAGCUACAGCAUUUCGCUCCCCUCUGGCUAGGCAGUUAUUUAGGAUUGAAGGAGUAAAAAGUGUCUUCUUUGGACCAGAUUUCAUCACUGUCACAAAGGAAAAUGAAGAGUUAGACUGGAAUUUACUGAAACCAGAUAUCUAUGCUACAAUUAUGGAUUUCUUUGCAUCUGGCUUACCUUUAGUUACUGAGGAAACACCUUCAGGAGAAGCAGGAUCUGAAGAUGAUGAUGAAGUUGUGGCAAUGAUUAAGGAAUUGUUAGAUACUAGAAUACGGCCAACUGUGCAGGAAGAUGGAGGAGAUGUCAUCUAUAAAGGCUUUGAAGAUGGCAUUGUACAGCUGAAACUCCAAGGUUCUUGUACCAGCUGCCCCAGUUCAAUCAUUACUCUGAAAAAUGGAAUUCAGAACAUGCUGCAGUUUUAUAUUCCAGAAGUAGAAGGCGUAGAACAGGUUAUGGAUGAUGAAUCAGAUGAAAAAGAAGCAAACUCACCUUAAAUUAAUUUGAGUUUUCUUUGGGCCCAGCAGUUGGACUUGUUGAUAUAUAUACUAAGCUUUUAUUAUUAAUCUGCUAAGGAACUUGAGGAUUAAUAAAAUAUACCAUUUCUUCAGAGAAUGAUAUAUAAAUAUUGCAUGUUUGCUUUACCUCAUAUGAGUUAUUUAUAACAUCCUGGAUCAUCUUCUGUACACGUGGAUUUUAUCCAGGGAUAUUUUUAUUUUUGUUCUUCAUUUCUCAUGGUUCCUUCUUUGC